GGUUUUCCUCUCUCUAAAAAAGAUCAAACCAUGUCACAAGCAGCUUUAGGAACGGAUUUAACUUAUACACCCGGAGACUUUACUGAACCGGCCUUCCGUUUGCCCUCACAUCAGCAAUUACUUGACCAGAAGCUGCAUACGGAUCAUGGCCUAGAGCCACCGCAAUUGCCAUUGAAUCGCCUCUACUUGUCGGACGAUAAAGAUAGAAGCAAGCCAACCAUUAAUAGCUCACAGUUUCCCUCACUGGCCACUGCCCAGGCUCGAUAUACAUCCACGGAUUUUGAUCCGGGCAAAGAUUUAAUAUCUCUGCCACUUGUUGGCACAGCAAACAAUCCGGAAUCGUCGUAUCCACCGCCACCGGAUUUGUUAAAGAAAAUGCCGCUGCAUUCCAUAACCGAGAAGCCCAAUGAGCGAUGCCCAUCGCCUGUGGUGCCCGCCUAUGCCAACUUCGAGCUGGCCAAGCGGAUGCAUCAGGAUAAUCUGGAUCAUCAGCCGUUGCCCGAUUGUGUGGCCGAUUUGGCAUUUCGUCGUGCCCAAAUAAGUGGCGGCCAUGCUGGACUUGCUCUCGACAUUGAUCCCAUUGCCACGGGCGUGGGCGUAAAGACUCAUAAUGCCGGGCCGACGCACUGCACCAAGAUGAAAGUGUAUCGUCCAAAGACGGGCGGUGGCAUUGUGCCACAGGCUCUGGGCGGAGGCGGUGGCGAUGCCUAUGGAUCAUCUGGUUUUCGUGGUACUGGUUCAGCGCCCUCAAAGAAAAUGGGCGCCAUGGAUUUGGCCAUCUGUUGGGACUUUAAGCCUGCCAAUCCGGGCGAUGAGCCGCAAUUGGCCAGACAUAUUGAUGGUUCCAACGAUUCGGCGGGCCCGGCUGUCUUCACGUGUGUCAAGACGCCAAGAGAGGAGCAAUCAGCCCAGGGUCGUGGCCGUUCGGCUGGAGUAUUCACCAACACAUUGGGCGAAACGGAUUUCUUUGACAAGGACAUUUUGCGACGUAAAACCGACUUUGGAGGUCGUACCAUCGAUCGGGAUGAUCCCUGUGCCUGCGACUAUUCCCCACCUCCAGCACGUGCUCGGGCACGCAGUGUCUCCCGUGACUCCAGUGCCUCCCAUUGCCGGCGAGGACCAUCAGCCGGUGGAGGCGGCGGCGGCGGCGUAAGUUUUGGCAAUCUCGCCGAGCUGCGUGGCAUGCCCACAUCGCGGAUGUCCAAGCAGUAUCAAUCCUCGCCCAUGUUGGGCGACAAAGCAUAUCAGGCAUUGCGUGAGAAGUAUCUUGGACCCGAUAACUCUGAUGUCGGCGGCAGCGGCAUGGAUCUGAUGGGGCAUGGCUGUCGUCCGACUGGACCAUCUUGCAAGCGGGACACAUUGCUGCGGCGACCGGCACGACGUCUUUGCCACAAAGUGGCUCCGGCCCCAUCUCGCUGCUGUGGCCCCAGUUUUGGCCAUUGCCUCGGCAGCAAGGCAGCCUUUCGUGCUGGUGUGCCCAAGCAUAAUGCUUCCGGGGAUUUUGUUGGCAUUGAUGACAUGUCGCCUUCGUGUGGAGGCGGCGGCGGAGGACGUGUUUUGGUUGUGCCACGCCCACGACAGCCAUAUGCCAAAAAGAAUUAUGAUAUUGAUACAUUGGUCCCUCCAUUCCGUAGUCAAGGUGGUGGCUCUGGACAGGGUGGAUAUCCGGAACAUUGGCGAUUGGCCAGUGUCUAUCAGCAUGCCUAUAAGCCGAUCGAUCAACGUCGUCGUCCUCUAUUACAAACCGUUUACAAGUAGUGGUUUCGCCCCCCACACACACACACUUCACUCCCCCCCCAAGGACACACACACACACUUGCAUUAAAAAAUAUAGAUACAUUUAUAUAUAUUAAAAAAAAAUUACAUUUAUAAAGGAAAUAAACGUGCAAUUUAACAAACA